CCUUGUCCCCACCGGGCCACCGUCCUCCAGUCUCCUCAGUAAGGACCUCUCCGUGAGGUGACUCCGGGGUCCUGGCGUGUGGAACAGGCCCAGUGCCCCCCACAGGCCGGGCAGCAUGAAGAAGGACGUGAGGAUCCUGCUGGUGGGAGAACGCCGGGUGGGGAAGACGUCGCUCAUCAUGUCACUGGUCAGUGAGGAGUUCCCGGAGGAGGUUCCUGCUCGUGCUGAGGAGAUUACGAUCCCAGGAGACGUGACCCCGGAACGAGUGCCCACCCACAUCGUAGAUUAUUCCGAGUCGGAGCAGACAGAUGAACAGCUAUGUAAUGAGAUCUCGCGGGCGAAUGUUAUCUGCAUCGUAUACGCGGUCAACAACAAGAACUCCAUAGACAAGGUCACUAACCAUUGGAUUCCUCUCAUUAAUGAGCGGAUGGACAAGGACAGCAGGAUCCCCCUCAUCCUGGUGGGGAAUAAGUCAGACCUGCUGGAUUACAGCAGCAUGGAGACCGUCCUCCCCAUAAUGAACCAGUACUCCGAGAUCGAGACCUGUGUGGAGUGUUCAGCAAAGAACCUGAAGAACAUCUCAGAGUUGUUCUACUACGCACAGAAGGCGGUGCUGCACCCCACCGGCCCCCUGUACUGCCCCGAGGACAAAGAGCUGAAGCCAGCUUGUGUCAAGGCUCUCACUCGCAUCUUCAAGAUUUCUGACCUGGACAAUGAUGGGAUCCUGAACGACGGCGAGCUGAACUUCUUCCAGAGGACGUGUUUUCACAUCCCUUUGGCUCCACAAGCACUGGAGGAUGUAAAGAACGUGGUGCGCAAGAACGUCCAUGACGGCGUCUCUGGAAACGGGCUGACCCUUAACGGCUUCCUGUUCCUGCACACUCUCUUUAUCCAGAGGGGAAGACACGAGACCACCUGGACCGUGCUGCGCAGAUUUGGAUAUGACGAUGACCUGGAGCUGACGCCGGAAUAUCUCUUCCCUCAGCUGAAGGUUCCCGUAGAUUGCACCACGGAGCUCAAUCAUCACGCUUACCUCUUCUUACAGAGCAUGUUCGACAAGCACGACCAGGACAGAGACUGCGCCUUGUCUCCUGAGGAGCUGAAGGAUUUAUUUAAGGUCUUCCCGUACAUGCCCUGGGGCCCGGACGUCAAUAACACCGUCUGCACCAACGACCGCGGCUGGAUCACCUACCAGGGCUUCCUCUCACAGUGGACGUUGACCACCUACUUGGAUGUUCAGCGCUGUCUGGAGUAUUUGGGCUAUUUGGGUUACUCCAUCUUGACGGAGCAGGAGUCUCAGGCCACUGCGAUCACAGUGACAAGAGACAAGAAGAUCGAUCUGCACAAGAGACAGACGCAGCGCAGCGUCUUCAGGUGCAACGUCAUCGGCUCGAGGGGCUGCGGGAAGGGUGGCAUUCUGCAGGCUCAUCUGGGGAGGAACCUGCUGCGGCAGAAGAGGAUCCGCGAGGAGCACAAGUCCUACUAUGCAAUAAACACCGUCUACGUGUACGGGCAGGAGAAGUAUCUGCUGCUGCACCACAUCACCGAGUGCGAGGCUUUAUCUCCAGCCGAUACAGCGUGUGAUGUCGUCUGCCUGGUGUAUGACAUCACCAACCCCAAGUCCUUCGAGUACUGCGCACGAAUAUUCAAGCAACACUUCAUGGACAGCCGGACCCCCUGCCUCAUAGUGGCCGCCAAAUCCGACCUCCAUGAGGUGAAGCAGGAGAGCAGCAUCUCCCCAGCGGACUUCUGCAAAAAGCACAAGAUGCCUCCACCCCAAGCCUUCACGUGUAACACUGCCGACAACCCCAGCCGAGAGAUAUUCAUCAAGAUGACCACCAUGUCCAUGUACCCUCACGCCCGGCUACGCUGCCUCUGUACCUGCAACAGGUGUACAUACUGCCUGUGUCAGAACCUGCUGCACUCUGACCUCCUCCAGGCCGUAAAGAACAAACUCUUCACCUCCAUUGUCAACAGGUUGAGAGCCUGGGUAGAUGUCCUGGGAGAGUCGCUGAUGACGGAUGCGGAGAGCAGCCUGGGACACCAAGUGCACCCCGUCUCCCACAUGGAACAUUCCAUCUUCAUGGAAUCAUCUGCUCCGCCCACUGUAGAGGUGGCCAGGCACAUGUCGCAAGCAGAGCUGAAAGGCUCCACGUUUUGGCUCCGUGCCAGUUUUGGCGCCACCGUCUUUGCGGUCCUGGGAUUUGCCAUGUACAAAGCUCUGCUGAAGCAGCGAUGAUCCAGGAUCGGCCAUGGCUCCGCCCACGGACAUUGUUUUAUCCCCGCCCAUUCCCCACCCGGUAUUAUUUAUUCGCUGUAUGAUCACUACGUGUGGAUUUCAUCACCUGCUCCUAGUAUUCAAUACCAGAGAUUCCCCAGGACUGGCAGCGUGACCUGCGGGGGUGGGACCUCCCGUGUCCCCUGUGCCUGAUCUGUGGAUGCUUCAGGAUGGACACAAAGUGCCAAAUGUGGUGGGACAGAGCGGCAGACUGACCACGUGGAGCCGCCCGCGCUGUGGACAGCGAGUACUGCGCUUUCUCUGUAUAUAAUGUAUAUAACUGAAUGUCCCACUACCUUCCAAUAAAGCCCCUCCUCUGCUUUUCCUCCUGUCUAGGCCCCGCCCCCAAGGAGCAUUUUUGUUUCUCUAUAUGAACAGAUGGAUUUUUUUUAAGACGGUGUGUAGUCUGUGAGAUCCCAGCCAGAAAUUUUGAAUAUUUUUGAAUGAAUUGAUUGACCCGAGCUCUGCCUCCACUGGUGCCGCCAUGAUGUUCCUUCUCACACUUUUCAGUCUCCACCGUAAGACGCCCGCACUGUUUAUGUAUGGCACGUAUCCCUGCCCAUCACCACUCAUCUCAGGCCAUGCCCCCACUUAUCACAAGGGUGAAGCUUCCAUUUGUCAUCACUGACCUCUGUGGAUUUCAUUAAACUCCACCCUGUGCACCCGUCUGCUCCAUUGUUUGUUGUCCGGAACUCAGUCUCAAACCAAUGUGGCCCCCGCUAUGGUCACAGAGCUCUCGCCCACUGCUCUGCUAUCCAGCUUUCCCAGAGACAGAACUCAGAAGCUGAUGCCAGAUCUUCAGGGUCUCUGUUCACAAGGAACCCA